AUGGCUAAGCAAAAGAAGAAGGAGCGAGUUGUCAAUUCAACUGAACAGGAGAAAGGGGUAGAAGAAUCUGGAGACACGAAUCAAACUUUGGAUUCUGGAGAUCGCGAUGAUAUUCCACCACUACCUUUAGAGCCAGUUCCAGACACUGAACCAGAAGCUCCACCUCUUCCUUUGGAGCCAGUUCCGGAAGAUCCCCCUCUGCCAAAAGAACCAGUUCCAGAUACUGAACCAGAAGCUCCUCCAUUGCCAGAAGAACCAGUUCCAGAGGCAGAACCAGAAGCUCCUCCAUUGCGAGAAGAACCAGUUCUAGAUACUGAACCAGAAGCUCCUCCAUUGCCAGAAGAACCAGUUCCGGAUACUGACCCAGAAGCUCCUCCAUUGCCUGAAGAACCAGUUCCAGAGGCAGAAUCAGAAGCUCCUCCUUUGCCAGAAGAACCAGUUCCAGAGGCAGAAUCAGAUGCUCCUCCUUUGCCAGAAGAGCCAGUUCCAGAGGCAGAAUCAGAUGCUCCUCCUUUGCCAGAAGAGCCAGUUCCAGAUACUGAACCAGAAGCUCCUCCAUUGCCAGAAGAACCAGUUCCAGAGGCAGAAUCAGAUGCUCCUCCUUUGCCAGAAGAGCCUGUUCCUGAUGCAGAAUCAGAUGCUCCUCCUCUUCCUGAAGAACCAAUUCCUACUGCAAAAGCUGUUUCUACACAAUUAUCGAUAAAUCAUAAUCCUUCAACUGACAUUAUUACGAAUCUAAAGUCAACUAAACAGGACAAAGCUGGAUCUAAAGAGAGACCCCAUAAAACUUCGUCAAACAAACCAGCAGAUACCAAACAGAACAAACCCAAUCAGUUGAAACGACAGAGAUCAAACGAAAAGGUUGAAGAUGAUGGUUGGGAAGCUAUUUGGGACGCCAACUACGGCGCUCAUUAUUUCUAUAAUCGUUUCACAGGCGUCAAGACAUGGGAGAAUCCCAGAGUUCCACCUCCACAGAAAGAAGAAACGCUUGCUGAAAGGCUGGCUAAAGAUCCAGAAUUCACAAAACUAUCUAAAGCCGAAAGACUAAAGAAAUAUCAAGAGCUGUUACAAGAGGAAGAAAGCAAAAAAUCAGCAGAACCUAGUACUCCCGUCGUUUCAACCCAAGAGUUCUUUGCUGGUUUUGAACCUGAAAGACAAGAGCAUCCUCCUGCAAAAAAGAUUGCUCGUGGUCCCACCAAGAAAGAGGUUCAGCAAUACCGACGAGCAAAACAAGAAAAAAAAGAGAAAAAGCUCCGCGAGUGGCUAACAAAGUAA